CUGAAUGCACGCCCGUCUCCUGUUCACCUGACUUCCGCAACUGCUGCAGGGUUAACCAUGGAGACCCUUUUGAUUUUCAUCUUCACCACCUUCAUCUUUAUGGCACUACACUCAAGAUGUUCAUUGUGGAGCGCGACUGUUGCAUCAAGUGUGUUCAUGAUGAUCUCAACAUAUAUGUUCUUCGAGUCUACACCUCCCACAAACUACAGCAGUAAUGAGCGGAUCAGGAUUGUGAUGGUGGGGAAGACUGGAGUUGGGAAGAGCGCCACAGGAAACACCAUUCUGGGAAAACAGUGCUUUAAAUCUGAGUUCUCCCCUAAAUCUUUGACUACACACUCUGAAAAGGCUUCUGGUGAGGUGGAUGGACAAAAGGUUGCUGUAAUUGACACUCCAGGCCUGUUUGACACCAGGAACACUGAGGAGGAAACCGUUAAAGAUAUUGCCAAGUGCAUCUCCUAUGCUUCACCUGGACCUCAUAUCUUCCUGGUCAUCAUCAAACUGGACAGAUUCACAGAGGAAGAAAAGCAGACUAUACAAAUAAUUCAAACAAUCUUUGGUGAGGAAGCCUACAAAUACAGCAUGGUUCUCUUUACCCAUGGUGACCUGCUCAAAGGGAAACCUAUUGAGGAGUUCUUGAAGGACAGCAAAGAUCUGCAGGAACUUGUGGCCAAAUGUAACAACCAGUACCACGUGUUCAAUAAUGAGGUGAAGGAUCGUUCUCAGGUCAGAAAGCUUCUUGAUAAGAUAAGAAAUAUAAAUGUGCAGAAUGGAGGAAGCUACUACACCACCGAAAUGUUCCAAAAGGCAGAGAGAGCGAUAGAAGAGGAGAAACAACGAAUCCUGAAAGAGAGAGAAGAGCAGAACCGCAAAGAGCAGGAGAAACUGAGGAAGGAACUAGAGGAAGAAUAUCAGCAAAAGCUCAGACAAGUGAAGGGUGACACUGAGAGAGAGACUACAUUAAAGGAAGAAUAUGAAAAAAACAGUAAAGAGAAAAUGUUAAAACUGUGGGAAAAGCAAGAAGAGCAGGCCAGAGAGGAAGCUGAGGAGAGCGACUGGGUCACCAAACUGCUAAUGUCAUUUUUUCAGUGGUUGCGUAGUUUCUUCAAUCCACUUCCAGGCUGGAAGUGGAUUGAAGUCAAAAAUGCAAAAGCUGGAAAUGCAAAAGUAAUUCAAUUAUAG